UCCACAAACAGUUAUACCAAAUACCAAUACCAAAUUAGUAACUAAAAAUGUAAAUUUCCAAUUUCACCGAUCAUCGACAUACUAUAUGUCUUUAUCUAUCAGUCCAGCAAAGCAGCCUCCACCAUUCAAAUUCAUUCACACAUAACCUGUAACACCAUCUUAUCAUCAUCCCAUCCCCUUCAAUAAAACAGUUCAUCAUGUGAACAAAAUUCACACCAAUUAGCAUCAACCACACGGAACCUCCUCAUAAUAAUUCUCCUCCAAACUCUUACUUCACUUCACUCUCCAUACUUGACUUGAAUAACUUCACAACCACCACCACCAACACCACCACAACAUGUCGAUGAAGGAGUGCGAUCAUCACAAGGGAGCGAAGAGGAGGGCCUUCCGCCGCGUAUUCUGCUGCAUCGUGGUCUUCCUCUUCAUCGUCCUUGUGACAAUCCUCCUCAUAUGGGCAAUCUUACGGCCAACAAAACCCACCUUCAUCCUCCAAGACGUAACCGUCUACGCCUUCAACGCCACCGUACCGAACUUCCUAACCACCAACUUCCAAGUCACGUUAACCUCACGCAACCCCAACGAACACAUCGGAGUCUACUACGACCGCCUCAGCACCUACGUCACUUACCGGAGCCAGCAGGUGACCUACCGGACCGCCAUCCCGCCGUCGUACCAGGGCCACAAAGAGUUCGACGUUUGGUCGCCGUUUGUGUCCGGUAACAGCGUCCCCGUCGCGCCGUUUAAUUUUGUUGGGCUUGGGCAGGACCAGGCUAACGGCAAUGUUUUCAUCACCGUUAAAGUUGACGGCAGGGUCCGGUGGAAGGUUGGUGCGUUUGUUUCCGGCCGUUAUCAUCUCUAUGUGCGGUGUCCGGCGUAUAUCUCACUUGGGUCGCGCGGUAACGGCGUCUUUGUCGGAGAAAAUAACGCCGUUAAGUAUCAGGUGGUCCAGCGCUGCUCCGUUAGCGUUUGAAUAUUCUUGAUCUGAUUUCACUUCAGUGAUUUACUAUUCUCUCUCUCUCUCUCUCUCUCUCUAUUUAAUUGUAUUUUAUACGUACGUAUUUUGAUUUUCCACUGUAAUUCUACGUGUAACUUGUGUAUUUCUAAAUUUUACAUCUUUGCUAUAGAAAAAUGUGAAAUAGAUGUCAGCAAAAUUACACGUUGUAACAUGCCAAUGUAAUUGAGCCACGAUGGUAAUAAAUUUUAGCAAAAAGCAAUUUAUAACUAUACAAAGAA